GCCCUCUCUCUGCCUCUUGCCAAGAUGGCGGCCUCAGCAGCCAAGAAGAAGAACAAGAAGGGGAAGACCCUGACCCUGACCGACUUCCUGGCGGAGGAUGGCGGCAGCGGUGCACCCACCUACAUCCCCAAGCCGGUCAGCUGGGCCGAUGAGACCGAUGACCUGGACGGCGACGGUAGGGUCUCCACCGCGUGGCACAGCAAUGAUGAUGAUGUGUACCGGGCACCGCUGAUCGACCGCUCGCUGCUGCCCACCGCCCCCCGCGCCGCACGCGAGCCCAACAUCGACCGCAGCCGCCUGCCCAAGUGCCCGCCCUACACGGCCUUCCUGGGCAACCUGCCCUACGACGUCACCGAGGACUCCAUCAAGGAUUUCUUUCGGGGUCUCAAUAUCAGUGCCGUGCGCUUGCCACGGGAGCCCACCAACCCCGAGAGGUUGAAAGGUUUUGGCUAUGCUGAGUUCGAAGACAUCGACUCCUUGUUCCAGGCGCUGAGCCUCAAUGAGGAGUCUCUAGGAAACAGAAGGAUACGAGUGGAUGUUGCUGACCAAGCUCAGGAUAAAGACCGGGACGAUCGCUGCUUCGGACGGGACCGUGACCGUUUCCGGGACUCGGAGAGGUUUGAGAGCGACUGGCGCGCACGUCCCGCCGCCUCCGACAGCUUCGAUGAUUUCCCACCGCGCCGCGGGGACGACGCCUUCGGGGACAGGUAUCGGGAUCGCUACGACGAUCGGUACCGCGAUGGCCCGCGGCGUGACAUGGACCGUGGUUUCGGCGGCAGAGAUCGCUAUGAUGACCGCAGCAGAGACUACGACCGGGGCUACAACUCGCGCAUCGGCAGCGGCCGGAGGGCCUUCGGCAGUGGCUACCGCCGCGACGACGACUUCCGGGGUGGCAGCGACCGCUACGAGGAGCGCUACGAGCGGCGCGACGACCGCAUGGAGCGCUGGGGAGGGCGAGAUGACUACGGGAGGGAUGACUUCCGGCGUGAAGAGAGGGGCCCCACGCAGCGCCCUAAGCUGAACCUGAAGCCGCGCAGCGCUCCGAAGGAGGAGGAGAGCACAGCAGCCCCCGCGCCGCAGUCCAGCCGCGCCGCCUCCAUCUUCGGGGGGGCCAAACCCGUGGACACGGCCGCCCGCGAGCGCGAGGUGGAGGAGAGGCUGCAGAAGGAACAGGAGAAGUUGCAGCGGCAACUGGAGGACGACAAGAGGCUGGAGCGGCGGCCACGGGAGCGGUACCCCAGCAGCCGCAGUGAGGACAACCCCGAGCGGUCGCGGACGGGCAGUGAGUCUUCGCAGAGCGGAGCCGCCGGACCCCCCGGCACCACCGCUGGCACCGGCCCCACCGGCAGGACCACGCGGAGGAGGGAGAGUGAGAAGUCAGUGGAGGGCGAUGCGUGUGGCCGUGAGGAGGAGGGCCGUGAGGAGAAGCAGCCGCUGAAGGUGAUGCCCGCGCCGCCCCCCAAGGAGAACGCGUGGGCCAAGCGCAGCAGCAGCACCGCCGGGCGCUCCCCGGGCUCUGACUCUGAGCAGCACUCACCCAGCAGCAGCCAGAUGGCUUCCCGCCCGCCUGCAGAGAACGGGGCUGCCCCGAGGAGCACCCACCGGAGAGGGGAUGAGAACAAGCCAGAUGGGGGCCGGGAUGGCCCAAAGGCGCGCAGUGGGAGCUCAGCGGAGAGGAAAGACAGCCGCAAGGAGCACGAGGCGAGAGCUGCGCCUGAGCCAAAGAGACUGGAGGACAGCCCAGCCCCCUUCAGCCACGCCAGCAAGUAUGCAGCGCUGUCAGUGGACGGCGAGGAGGAGGAGUGCGGCGAGUGAUGGCCGACCCCAACCCCAGCGCCAAAAUGGAACGGAAAACCCAGCGCCGCCCCGCCGAAAUCAAGCCAAGAAUCAUCGAAAGGAGGGGGAAAAAAGGAGGAAAACCCAAUAUGGCCGGGCCCUGCCGCUCUGCCCUGCUUCGUUUGGGGGCUUUUUGGGGGGUGGGGGUCUUUGGGGGGGGGGUCUGGCCCCACAUCUGCCCCCAUCUCCCUCCCUGCCCCGUUGCUGUUGGGGUGGGAGUGCUGUGGGGUGUGGGGCUGCGCGGCGCCGGGCGCUGUUGGGUUUUCUGUUGGUUUCCUCCAAUAAAGGUGAUCGGAACGGCCA